UCCGCUUUCAUCACCAGCCGCCUGCGCCUGGCAACUUUUCUACUGUAAGAGGCCCUACCAAGCCAACUUCUGGGAAUUGCCUCGAACAGCUACACACCAAGCUAUUCCGUAUAUCUUCUUUCGCGGAAACUCUGUCCCUACAAUUCCUCCUUCUUGCCCGCACACCCUCACUCGUUUUUCUUUCAGUUUCCCCUGGGGUCAAUGUCGUAAAGAUCAGGCCCAAGGCUCGGUGGACGCUUCUCCACAGAUCACCAUGGCCUCCGGAUUUAAGAACGAGCUCAAGUCCCAGGGCGCCGUCGAGGCAGCUCAGGAUCCCAACUCUUCCGUAACUGGCAAAGACGCUGAAAAGGUCCUGGUCGCCGAAAGCAAGGAAGCCGGGGCAACUGCUCUGCACUUCGACCCGAAUGCUUCCCCAGAAGAGAAAGCCGCGCAAGCUAGAUCUCAGCAGAACCCUACCAAACGUCCACCAAAAGGAGUCGGGGUCGCUACAGAUCUGGAUGGUGGACCGGACCAAUAUGACCUUCCUCCUCCCGAACCAGUUGCCGCUGGAGACAAGGCUGGUACGGUUACAAAUGGAGCACCUCCUGAACAGCACGAAGACUGGUCCAAACUCGGAUGGGCGCCACGGUUCGGGUCCGGGGAGACAGAGCAGGAUAAAGAGGAAGGCAAUCUAUUGGAUCAUCAGACGCUCUUGGAAUCAAAGCUAGAUGAUAGGUUCUAUGGCGAUUGGUACCACAAUGCUGCUGUGAUUGUCUUUGCAUGCCUGUCCUCAUGGCUUGUUGCGACCCUCGGUGGUGGUUUGGGAUGGAUCUUUCUCAUCAUGGCAACCUGCGGGACUUACUACAGAACUUCGAUCAGACGAGUCAGACGAAAUUUCAGAGACGACAUCACAAGAGAGUUAGGGAAGGCUCGUUUGGAGACCGACGCCGAAAGUCUGGAGUGGAUGAACAGCUUCCUCGUCAAGUUCUGGCCCAUCUAUGCCCCUCAGCUGGCCAAGGGUAUCGUGCAAUCAGUUGAUCAAGUGCUGAGCACGUCCACUCCCGCUUUCCUGGACAGUAUGCGGAUGGAGACUUUUAUUCUAGGUACCAAACCUCCCCGCAUGGAACAUGUCAAGACCUAUCCGAAGUCUGAAGAUGAUAUUGUCAUGAUGGACUGGAAGUUCAGUUUCACCCCAACCGACACGAUGGAUAUGACAGCUCGCCAGCUCAAGACCAAGAUCAAUCCAAAAGUGGUCCUCGAGAUCCGCAUCGGCAAAGGCGUUGUCAGUAAAGCCAUGAAGGUCAUCGUGGAAGAUUUCGAGUUUUCUGGUCUUAUGCGUGUCAAGAUGAAGCUGCAAAUCGCUUUUCCCCAUAUCGAAAGGGUUGAUAUCUGUUUUCUGGGUCGUCCAACCAUCGACUAUGUAUGCAAGCCUCUUGGCGGAGAUACAUUCGGCUUCGAUAUCAACUUCAUCCCUGGUCUGGAGAAUUUCAUCAAGGAGCAGAUCCAUGGAAACCUAGCACCAAUCAUGUACGAUCCAAACGUUUUCCCAAUCGAGGUGGCCAAAAUGCUCUCGGGCAACCCCAUUGAUCUCGCAGUCGGCGUGGUCGCGAUUACCAUCUACAAUGCUCACGGCCUCAAGAACCCUGAUAAGUUUUCGGGCACACCGGAUCCGUAUGUGGUUGUGUCUUUGAAUGGUUCCAAGGAGCUGGGACGCACAAAGACCAUUUACGAAGACGCAAACCCCCGCUGGAACGAGACACUCUAUGUCAUUAUCACAAACUUCACUGACUCGCUCACUCUGCAAGUCUAUGAUUAUAAUGAUGUCCGGAAAGACAAGCAGCUCGGAACUGCAACAUUUGCUUUGGAUCAACUCGAAGCUUCUCCUGAUCAUGAAGGUUUGAGUCUUGACGUACUUGCAAAUGGAAAAUCUCGAGGAGUGCUUGCAACCGAUAUCCGCUUUUUCCGCGUCAUUGAAUCCGAGAAGUUGCCAACUGGUGAGAUACUUCCUCCGCCAGAGUCCAACACUGGUAUUGCGCGCCUCACCAUUGAGCAAGCCAAGGAGCUGGACGGUAGCAAGAGUAUAGUCGGGGCCCUCGACCCAUAUGCCGUCCUUCUCCUCAAUGGGAAAGAAGUUCACAAAACGAACACACUCAAGCAUACCAACAACCCUGUCUUCUCUGACAAUACCAAAUCAGUUCUGAUCACAGAUCGGAAGAAGGCCCGGCUUGGUUUGGUCAUCAAGGACAGCCGUGGCCUCGCUACUGAUCCAAUCCUUGGUACCUAUCAAAUCAAGGUGGACGACAUGAUGAAGGCUGUUGACAAGGGUCAGGAGUGGUUCAACUUGCAUGGUUCGAAAUCAGGCAAGGCCAAACUACUACUGGACUGGAAGCCCGUGGCGCUGAAGGGUGCAGCUGGGUCCGGCGGCUAUAUUACACCCAUCGGCGUCAUGCGGAUUCACCUUCAGAGUGCCAGAAAUCUUCGGAACUUCGAGACUGUAGGCAAGUCAGACCCCUAUGCUAGGGUCAUGUUGGCAGGCAUUCCCAAAGGCCGCACAGUUACCUUCCAGAACGAUCUCAAUCCGGAUUGGGAUGAGGUGGUAUAUGUUCCAAUGCACACUCCUUCAGAGCGCCUGAUCAUUGAGGUCAUGGAUGAAGAAAAACUCGGCAAGGAUCGUUCAUUGGGUUUGGUACAAAUUGCAGCCUCGGACUACAUCGUUGAGAGUGAAGAGGGCGGCUACGAAGUACACGACUCCAAGACACUACAUUCGGAUGGGCUGCGUCUUGGCGGGACUGGCGGCGAGAAGGGCAUAAUCAACUACACUUGCGCUUUCUAUCCGACAUUGAACGUUCUUGAUCCUGAGGAGGACGAAGAGGAACGCAAAGCUCAGGCUGCCAUGGAGAAUGAGGCUGGAGUGAAUGGGACAGCGUCCCACGCCACGAAGCCAUCCGUCGACACCAAAGCUUCUGUAGACACAGUGCGCCCCAGCCUCGAGAACGGGAAGACCUCAGACACGGCCGGGCGUCUUGCGUCGCCGACAGGGGCCUCCUUCGUGGACUCGCUUGCAUCAAGCAAAAAACAGGCUCCCAAGGUCAAGAUUACUGCCGAUGACCUCAGCAAAUAUGAAUCUGGCUUGAUCGUAUUCAAUCUAAUAGAAGGCCAUUUCGACGUGACGGAUGUGCAGCUCGAAGUACUCAUGGACGAUCAUGUAUUUCCCGCAUACGCGUCUGCAAGGAUUCGACAGAAGGACUUCCACUUUGGCGAGACUGGGGAUGCCAUGGUCCGUGAAAUCGACAUGUCUCGGAUCACGUUGCGGUCAGUGGUGAGGACCGAGAAGUCUGGGAAGCAAGAUGAGGACAACAUCGUGGCCACACUGACCGGUCCGACACUCACCACACUGCAGAAGUGCCUGUACACGCCGACAGAGUUGACUAUGCGGGGCAACAAUGCCGCGGGUGUCAAUAAAGUGACGGUUCUGUUGAAGUAUUUGCCGGUGAAGAUGCAGCUCGACCCCAGUGAAAGCAUCAACAAUAUGGGCACACUGAGAGUCGAUGUUCUGGAUGCAGCGGAUCUACCAUCAGCAGAUCGUAACGGCUACAGUGAUCCUUAUUGCAAAUUCAAACUCAACGGCAAAGAAGUUUUCAAAACAAAGAUACAGAAGAAGACCCUGCAUCCUGCUUGGAACGAAUUUUUCGAGGUAGCCGUGCCGUCGCGCACCGGUGCCGAGUUCAAGGUCGACGUAUACGAUUGGGAUUUUGGCGACAAAGCCGACUGGCUAGGCUCGGCGGUCCUCGACUUGAAAGUGCUGGAACCUCUGCAGGCACAAGAGUUGACAUAUGUCCUGGACGGCAAAUCUGGAUCCAUCCGACUUAAAAUGUUGUUCAAGCCAGACUAUGUCACCCGAAGCCGGCAGGGAACGUCGACCUUCCACGGCACUUUUGCACCGGCUGGUAAAGUGAUCGGUGCGCCAGUGAAAGGCGUCACCAAAGUUGGUGGAGGAGUCGUGAAAGGGGCAUCUUUCAUCAAACGCGGAAUUAUUGGUCGAGGCAGCAGCAAGGACGACACAUCGCACGUGGUCAACGGCACUCCGCCCGAGUCAGAGGUGAGCUCUUCGGUGGUCAAUACACCAGACGCUACUCCUUCCCGAGCACCUGCGUUGGUCGAUGGGUCAGCUUCGCCUGCCACUCCCAGCAGCAUGCUGCAUAGUCGCACCAAGAGUAGCCACUCGACUGUGACCAACACUCCCAAGGGGGCUGACACGGGCACGGCCAAUUUCAUCAUCGUGUCAGCUAGCGGCUAUCCUCCUGGAGCAGAUGUCCGGGUGCACGUGAAGAUGUUGGGAGCUAGGGGAGCCAAAGAUCUGUUCAAAACCAAGGCGGUCAAGUCAUCCUCAGGCACCGUGGAGUAUGAUCCGAACCACGAGAACUUCAAGGUGUCAUGCAGUGCCGAUACACAGUUCCAAAUUGUUGUCAAGGACCACGACACGUUCCGGUCCAAGGAUCUGGGUGAAGGGCUCUUCUUUGUGUCUGACCAAGGCGGCGGUUCGGAGCAGACGGUCAAGGCGGGAACCGGCAGCGUAACGAUUCGCAGUAGCUUCACAGGGAACGCUGAAACCAACACUGAUACGCUGAGGCCCGCAACCAGUGGACGAGACAGUCCGGACUCGAAGCGCGAAGGACGACGAAGUUUCUUUGGGCGUCGCGAUGUGAGCGGAAAACAUGAUGCUUCUUGAAAACAAAGGACGGGUGGAUGAGAGUGAGGACAUGUACGACUUUUAGCAAGGGCGUUUUAAUGGAAAAUAGGAGCUUGCAGGGAUGGAGGGGCGUCUCCUAGCCUUGCUGGUCCAACAACACCUAUUGUUGUCCUUUAGCUGCAGAGAUACCACAUAGUUAUUUGGCAGAUGUUUAUGAGUCUAUUCAGAGAUCGGGUGGAGGGCGAGCUGUGGAUAUACCAAAAAUGAGAUAUACUUAUGGAGUACUCCGUGCAGCAGUAGACAAUUAAUAUCUCA